CAACUCGAUCUGCACCGGCUCAUCUCUCCGUCUCAUCGGAACCAACUGGAUCAACCCCACUCACUGCUGUCUUUCUUCGCUGUCCGACGAACGCAAGAUAGGUUCUUCAAAGUUUAGUUGCUUGUUCGGUGAAGAAGCUACCUACUCUGUCACGGCAACAGCACAACUGAUAUGGGUGGUCAUGAGUUUGAUGAUACUGAUGAUGAUGAUGAGUAUGAUGAGAUGGAUGAUGAUGAGUAUGACGAUGAAUGUGAGUUGAACCCUAAAAGGACUAACGAUUUUAUACUCCUAGCGUCUGUAACUGCAGCUGCAAUUUAUCAUCGGAGAAGACGGGUUGCAUUUUUUGAUAAGAUGUCGUGCAGGACAUCUAAAUUACAGGGUGCGAAAUGGGUUGCUGAAAUUUUACAUGGACACCCAGAUAGAUGCUACCAAACUUUUAGGAUGAAGAAAGAGAUUUUUGGAGACCUAUGUUAUCAACUAAGGGAUAAGUACAUGUUACGAACAAGUAACUACGUUCAAAUACCCGAAAUGGUUGGGAUGUUCCUCUUCAUAUUGGGCCAUUGUGCAGGGAAUAUAUUGGUGCAGGAAUGUUUUCAGCAUUCUGGAGAAACAGUUAGCAGGAUGUUCCAUGAGGUAUUGCAUAGUGUGUACUUGUUAUCAUUGGACAUUAUUAAACCGAGGGAGAACCAGUUUGAAGAAAUCCCAGUUAAGAUUAGGAGUGGCUCAAAAUAUAACCCUUUUAAAAAUUGUGUUGGUGCCAUCGAUGGAACACAUAUCCCAGCUGUGAUUCCUAAAUCUGACAGAGGUCGAUUCAUUGGGAGGAAAGGCACAACGACACAGAAUGUCAUGGCAGCGUGUGACUUUGAUAUGCUGUACAUAUUUGUGUCGGCUGGCUGGGAGGGAUCAGCACAUGAUGCACGUGUGUUCCAGGAUGCAAUUUCAACACCAUAAUUACGAUUUCCAAUGCCACCUCGAGGAAAGUAUUAUCUAGUUGAUGCGGGGUAUCCUAAUAGGACCGGUUUUCUUGCGCCCUAUAAAGGUGAGAGGUAUCAUUUAUCUCAGUUUGAUAAUGGUCGCCGAGCAACAGGUCCACGUGAGGUGUUCAAUCACACACACUCGUCACUCCGAAGUGUAAUUGAAAGAAUUUUUGGGGUUACCAAAAAUAGGUUUCCAUUAUUGAGGAAGAUGUCAUCUUACCCCUAUGAAACCCAGGUUCAAAUUGUAAUUGCGUGCAUGGCACUUCACAACUUCAUUCGGUUGAGGGUGACGAAUGACGAAGAAUUUACAGAAAUGGAUGAAGGGUCAAGUAGUUCAUAUGCGGAACCAACUACUGAAGAUGAUAUUAUUGGGGUUGAUGAUUUGCGAGAUGACAGGACCAUGUCCUCUGUUCGCGAUAAGAUUGCAGAUAAACUUGUACGCAUGAGGCAGAGGCAAAGACAGUGAGAGCUUAGAGUGGU